AUGUGCCUAAUCGAGUCUGACGUCAUCGAGCACAUCAUUCUCACCUUCAAACGAGCCACUGGCUGUCCUGACAUCCUCCGACAUGCUGCUCUUGGAAUGGCCAACCUCGCUCUCUACUCCUGUUUCGAAGGAAAAAAGAAGAUUAUCCAGAAGAAAGUUCCAGACUGGUUAUUCUUUCUGGCUAGUCAGGCAGACGAUGUAACCCGCUACUAUGCUUGUCUGGCGACCUGUACGCUGGCAAGUGUCAAAGAAUUCGAACCAGCUGUUAUCAAAACUGGAACUCUGAAGUUAGUCGAGCCAUUCCUUCAGUCUCAUGAUCCCGCUACAUUUGCCCUGGAGCAUGGGAAAUACUCUCAGGGAAGACCAAAGGAUUGGUUGGAGAGACUAUUGCCAAUGCUGAAAUCGAGUCGUCGGGAAGCCAGAAGCAUCGCCGCAUUCCAUUUCACUUUUGAGGCAAAAAUCAAAAAGGAGCAGCAUAAAUUGGACGUUUUUGAGGUGGUCAUUUCAAGCAGUUUCGAAAUUUAG